UGGCGGCGCGAUGGGGGCGGGACCGGGCGGACCGCACCGCGUUGGGAGGCAACUGAGAGGCCGGGAACAGGCGGAGGAGGAUGGAGGGUGGCGAGCGGCUCCUCCCCAAAGGUUUCCCCAAGCUGAAGAACGACACGUUCCUGCGCGCGGCGCGUGGGGAGGAGACGGAGCACACCCCGGUGUGGUGCAUGCGGCAGGCCGGCCGGUACCUGCCAGAGUUUUUGGAGACACGGGCCUCACAGGAUUUCUUUGCCACUUGCCGGAGCCCCAAAUUGUGCUGUGAGCUGACACUGCAGCCAUUAAGACGAUUCCCCCUGGAUGCUGCCAUCAUCUUCUCUGACAUCUUGGUGGUGCCCCAGGCACUGGGCAUGGAGGUUGUUAUGGUCCCUGGUAAAGGACCCACAUUCACAGAGCCUCUGAAGGAGGUGGAGGAUCUGCUGAAACUGCGACAGAAGGUGGAUGUCACCGCAGAGUUAGGUUACGUCUUCCAGGCCAUCACACUGACACGACACAGCCUGGAGGGCAAGGUGCCCCUCAUUGGCUUCUCAGGGGCACCGUGGACACUCAUGUCCUACAUGAUUGAAGGCGGUGGCUCCACUACAAUGGCCAAGGCCAAGAGCUGGCUCUACCGUCACCCUGAGGCAAGCCACCGGCUGCUACGGCUGCUGGCCGACGUCAUCAUUGACUACCUGGUGGGGCAGGUGGCUGCUGGAGCACAGGCGCUUCAGCUGUUUGAGUCCCAUGCAGGGCACCUGGGCCCAGAGCUGUUUCAGGACUUCGCCCUGCCUUACAUCCGAGACAUUGCCCAGGCUGUCAAAAGCAAGCUGAAGGAGGAGGCACUGCCCCUGGUGCCCAUGAUCAUCUUUGCCAAGGAUGCGCACUAUGCCCUGCGUGACCUGGCCCACGCAGGUUAUGAGGUUGUUGGUCUCGACUGGACCAUCCGGCCCCAGGAAGCUCGUGCACAGGUAGGAAAAGAAGUCACCCUGCAAGGGAACCUGGAUCCAUGUGCUCUCUAUGCACCCAAGGAGAAGAUUGGCGAGCUGGUGAAGAAGAUGCUGGAGAGUUUUGGGACCCAACGCUAUAUUGCCAACCUGGGCCAUGGCCUCUACCCUGACAUGAACCCUGAACAUGUGGGUGCCUUUGUGGAAGCCGUGCAUGCUCAUUCCCGUCAUAUCAACAAGCACAGCUGAGCAUGGGCCCUGGGGACAGGACUCUGGUUUGGGCACAGUCACCCAUGUUGUCAGAGGGCUCACUCUAGGCUGGGCUGCAGCAUUAAACCAGGACCUUCUCUGCA